AAGAACUGUAGGCUAGACACUUGAUUUCUUAUCGGUUUCUUUUCGAACUAUAAAUACAAACGCACAUCGCUCAUCCUAUCAUCAGUUAUCAGUUCUAUCAAGCAUCAGAUACAUCACAAUCGAUCAAAGAACCAUGAAGUCCAUCUUUGUACUUGCUACUUUGGUAGCAAUCGCUACCGCCUCAGCCGUCCCAGCAGACACACGCGCCCUGAAGGAUGACUUCGAGGAUUUUGCCGACUUGGUCCCAGUCGACAAAUUGGUCGGUGUAGCAAUUCGUUACCUCGUGACCGACAAGGAGUUCCAAGAGUUCUUCGGAUACCUUCAGGGAGCUGAAUUCUCCGCCGUUUGGGAUCAGUUCUUCGCCUUGGAAGAUGUCAAGGACGUCCUGAACUACCUCGAGGAGGCCGAUCUGGCUGUGUAUGAUACAUUGAACACAGUUGCAGAUUUCCUUGGACUACACCAUGUUAAGCCUACCGUCAGAAGCCUGAAUGCCCGAAAUUUGAACGGAUUCGUAGACGAAGUCCUUGCUCUGCUGCCAUUGAAGGAAUUUGAAUCUCUGUUCGAAGAUAAGCUGCAAACCAGCCCAGAGUUUCAGGCAUUCUUCGAGAAGCUGCGCACUCUUGAUUACACCAAGUUCGUUGAUUUGUACCACAACUCUAAGGAAGUGCAGUCGUUCCUCCAGAAACUGCGUAACUACGGAGUUGAUGUGGAUGGGUUCUUCGAUCUUGUUUCCGGAUUUUUUGGAUGGGAAAGUAUUAAAACGGGAAUGCUUUCGGUUUAGUAUUACACGUGAUAAUUAAACAAAAUGUUGAAU